CUCCUCCUCUUCUUCUUCAUCUUUCACACUUGAACGCAGCACGUGGGAAAAGGAUGCGAGGGUCAUGUGACCAACCAACCCUGAAAGGAGAUUAACAGUUAUAACUUUUAAAACUUGGGAGAUGUCCUUUCGCCCCCUCCGCGUGUCCAACGCAUGGGGACGAGGAGGCGUUUUUCCGAGGGACGUGAAGGCAUCAUUUACGCAGUCAAUUGAAGUCAUGCAGCGUUCAUAUUUCAACCCCAUCUUAUUAAACACAUUUUAUGACACAGUGAAGAAUAAAACAUUUUUCAAAGUAAAAUAAAAGGCACAGAUGGGGGAUGAAUUCAAUUCAUUGCAUCAUGCUGCAAUUUUUUUUUUUUUUUAAUCUCUCAUCACAAAGUCAUUUGUGUGCAAGUCCUUAUUUUGACUCAAAACUGGAAAUACAUCCACCAUUAAAAAAAAAGUAAAAAUAGCAUGCUAAAUUAUUUUUGUAGUCUUCAAUUUAAAUAUCCCAAACCAAAAUGAAAAUGGACCUUUGUAGGGUGCCAAUGUUUCCUAAACGUCAACAGUGGGCACCUGCAUGAAAUAAAAGCUUAUCUUAAAACAAAUUAUGCACUUUUCUAUACAAGGAACUUUGUGACUAACAAAAUAAAGUUGCAACCAACAUAAAAAUCUUUGCGUUGCCACGGAAACGCUGCAAGCGAGUCGAAAGUUGACAUUUGUGUGUUUAUUUUAAUCGGCGCCUGACGUGCUCAAUAAAAGACGACUCUAAAUAAACAGAAGGCAUUAAAUUGAGUUAUGAGCUCGGAAUUCUUUCUUAGCCCGGCAGCAAGAUGAAAAUUGACAUUAAUAGUGGGAAAAUGUAAUUGCUUUUGCUUCUUUCCGAAAGCACCGAUGGGAAUCUGCCCUUGUGGAAUAAAUGUAGUUGAUUUUAGUAUCGCUGUGCACCAUAAACAGAAGUUUGGGGGAUUUGGGUGAAUCAAAAAAGUGAUUUUUGGAUGAGUCGGCCCCCUUCAAGUCCUUAUUUCGCAACGUUGAAGAUGGAAUAUGAAGGUUGGCCUCCGGCGAGGGGCUCGGCUUGAACGAGCCAAUGUUGACAUUUGAGGUGCCCCACGCGUCACCAGCUAUAAAUGGGCCGGGGGGAGGCGUCGGGAGCGCCACAAGUCACCUGCGCCCUGCACAGAGAUGCGCGGGGGCCAUCUUGAGCUGCCGAAUCAAGGAGGGGGAAGCGUCAAUCAACUGGGCGGGACCUUCCUCAACGGUAGACCCCUGCCGGACUCCAAGAGGAGGAAAAUGGUGGAGCUGGCCUCGGAGGGCGUGCGCCCGAGCCAGAUCUCCAGGAUCCUGAGGGUAUCCACAGGCUGCGUGAGCAAGAUCCUAAGCCGCUACCGCCUCACCGGCCUUCUCCGGCCCAAGACCAUCGGCGGGAGCCGGCCCCGACUCCUCACGCCCGCUGUCGUCGCCGCCGUCGUCCGCCACAAGCGGGACAAUCCGUCCGUCUUCGCCUGGGAGAUCAGGAAAAGCCUGCUGGCCGCCAGGAGCUGCAAGGCCUCCAAAGUGCCCAGCGUCUCGUCCAUAAACCGGAUUUUGAGGCGGAUCCUCUUGGAGCAGGGACUGUGGAGUGGCACGCAAUGUCACGGUGAAUACAGGUUGUGCAGCACCACAGAAGAAGAAGCAGCCAAUCCCGGGAAUCCCAAAAGUCCCCACCAGAGAAUCCGGACCGCCUUCACCCCGGAGCAGACCAAAGUCUUGGAAGAAGAGUUCUCCCGCAGCCAGUACGCCGACGUGUACACCCGAGAGAAGCUCUCCGCCCGGAUCCGACUGCCCGAGGACACCAUCAAGGUGUGGUUCUCAAACAGAAGGGCCAAGUGGAGGAGGGAAUUCCAACCAACAGUGCCUUCCACAGGCCGGACAGAUUUUUACGUUUUAUCGUGCCGGCAGAUGACGGCGGCCUCCCUCGACGGCGCCUGGCGGGUCUUCCCCGACGGCUGCGCAGGUUUCGGGUGUCCCACGUGCAUCUCCAUCAACGCCAGCGGCGUCCCGAAGACCCCAGGACCUGCGACCCCAGAGGCGGCCCGCCUUUUACCGCUCUCGCGUUGAACCGCUAUCGUCACUGCGCGCGAGACAAGCCCUGGCCUUAGGACGGAGCGCCACCCGGAGGAAGAGCACAGACCGCCCUCAACUGCCUCAUUUGACCUUGAUAUGGAAAGAUUUCAAAUAAAAAUAAAAUAA